AGGCGGUCAUGUGGACGAAAACAGGAGUGUGCAUACGCCGCGCCGCACAGCCAAACUUCGAGGAAAGAUGCACGAAGAGGAGGAUGGCGGGGAGGCGAGCCUCUGCUCGGGCCCCCGGCUGGUUCCCUUCAAGUCCGUGGAUGACGCCGAGCUAGAAGGCGGGAAGGAGCAGGCCUCCAGACUCUGCGGAUACUUGAGCAAACUGUCCGGCAAGGGACCCCUGAGGGGCUUCAAGCCGCGGUGGUUCGUGUACGACCCGAGGAAAUGUUACUUGUAUUACUUCAAGACUCCCCAGGAUGCAUUGCCGCUCGGACACAUCGAAAUAGGCGAUGCGUGCUUCAGCUACAACGUGGAGGGAGAGGAGGGUCAAUUUGCGGUCUGCACAGCCGAAAAAGAGUUCUUACUGAAGGCCCCCAGCCGGCAAGUGAUGCACUACUGGCUCCAGCAGCUGCAGCAGAAACGCUGGGAGUUCAGCAACGCCCGAGGCAGCGGUCAUAGAGACAGUUGGAGCUCCCCCACCAUGGCGUUUCCCCCCACCGGCCUCGUUGGCAAAGACAAUGACGCGCUGGUCUUCGAGAAUCCUGGUGAGAGCAUGGAGAAAGUCCGCAGCGACUUCGCCAUGGAAACGGAGAUGGGUGUGGAAGGCAUGGUGGGGAUCCACUCAGCCAGAGGGCCGUCUGCUGCGGGCAACAACACCCUCAACUUCUCCCUGAAAAACCUGGGCACAGAACUCAGGAACUCCAUGUCUUACCUGCGGUCCGGCAGACUGGUCGAUCACAGACGGAGCGUGUUUUACACCGGCGGCAGCAACGCCACGGAGGACUGGGAGAUGUUGGACGCUCCAUCCAAGGACUUCUCAGAGCAUAAACAUCAGCAUGACACACACAGACGUUUCACCUUUGACUUUGGACGCAGCUCCACGCGGUCUAAGAGGCCUCUGCUUCGAGACUUAAUGGCUCCCGGGAAGUCAGCGCGCAGCCCCGACCACUCCCCAGUGGAAUGCAACGGCAGCAAAUCUUUGGAGCUGCAGCUCUGUCUCCAGAACCAGCAGGUGGAACUGAACCAGAUGCAGCAGGAGCAGCUGAAACUCCGGGAGGAACUGGUCGCACAGAAGGAGAUGGUCCGGCUUCUCCAGCAGACUCUGAGAACCUCACAGUGUGAGAGACCAGCAGUUUGCUCCCGAGCCCCCGACCCAAACGCCGCCUCAGAACAAAGCCAGCCAUCGGCUCUGACACAAGAGGAAGCUGCACAGCUGAUGGCCCGGCUUCAGGAAAGAGACGAACAGAUUCCCACUUUGUGUGGCCACAUGGAGCGCCUCUCCCUGGAGAAGGAGAGCCUGCAGCAGGAGCUGAAGGCCCUAAAAAUCAAGGUGGGGGAGAUGAACGACCAGCUGGGAAUGCUGAUGGAGACCAUCCAGGCGAAAGACGAGGUGAUCAUGAAGCUGUCGCAGCAAAGCUCGGAGGAGACGGGAAACUCCAACGGGCCCGGGUCACCACAGGCUCACAAAGAGCAGCAGGAGCUGGACCUCCUCAAGGACAGUCUACAAGGUUACAAAUCGCAGAACAAGUUUCUGAACAAAGAGAUCCUGGAGCUGACGGUGUUACGGAGAAACGCAGAGAGCCGAGAGAAAGCUUUCGAAGCAAAGUGCACGGCGCUGGAGGCCAAGCUCUGCCAGGUGGAGAGCAAAUACUUGGUUUUGCUCCAAGAGGUGAAGAACCCAGUGUGUUCGACGCAGGAGCAGAACCCGGCCAGCGAGGUCAUCUCCAGACUGUUGGAGGACGCUCUGCAGGUGGAGAGCCCAGACCCGCAGGAUCAUCCCAUCUUCAAACCGAAUACUGUCAGCGAGUAUGAUAUUUACGGCUUUAAGACGGUCCCUGAAGAGGAGGAAGAGGAGGAGCGGCUGGUUGCAAAGGUGCGAGCCUUGGAGCUGAAGUCGCUGUCCAUGACGGAUCAGGAGGUGUCCGUCGGGGUCAAGUGGGAGAACUUCCUGGCCAGCACCAUGAACCGAGACCUGGUGCGCUCGCCUGAGCUGAAGAGCCUGAUCCGCUGCGGCGUGCCCCACCAGCACCGCUCUAAAGUGUGGCGGUGGUGCGUCUCCUUCCACGUCAAGAAGUUCCGGGACCACUUGGCUCCAGACUAUUAUGAGACGUUGCUGAAUGUGGCACGAGAGAAGCCCAACCCGGCCUCCAAGCAGAUCGAGCUGGACUUGCUACGUACUUUGCCCAACAACAAGCACUACGCCUCGCCGAGUGCGGCCGGUAUCCAGAAGCUCAGGAACGUGCUGCUGGCUUUCUCCUGGAGGAAUCCGGACAUCGGUUACUGCCAGGGCCUGAACAGGUUAGCAGCCAUCACUCUACUCUAUUUAGAUCAGGAGGAUGCUUUCUGGACCCUGGUGGCCAUCGUGGAAGUCUUCAUGCCAAGAGAUUAUUACACCAAGACCCUGUUGGGCUCACAGGUGGACCAGCGAGUGUUCAAAGACCUGAUGAGCGAGAAGCUUCCACGUCUACACGCUCACUUUGAGCAGCAAAAGGUGGAUUUCUCCCUCAUCACCUUCAACUGGUUUCUGGUGGUGUUUGUGGACAGUGUGGUGAGCGACAUCCUCUUCAAGAUCUGGGAUGCCUUUUUGUUCGAAGGACCAAAGAUCAUAUUUCGUUUUGCUCUGGCGCUCUUUAAACACAAAGAGGAGGAGUUUUUGAAGCUGCACGACUCCACCGCCACCUUCAAAUACCUUCGAUACUUCACACGCACUAUCCUGGAUUCAAGAAAGCUGAUGAACAUUGCAUUUGGGGACAUGAACCCAUUCCCCAUGAGACAGAUCCAGAACCGCCGAGCCUUUCACUUGGAAAAGGUCCGUCUGGAGUUGACGGAGCUGGAAGCCAUCCGGCAGACCUUCCUCAGGGAGAGGGAGACCAGCCAGGACAGGCGGAGCUUCGUCAGCGAUGACGAGGAGGAAAACUGAACCCCGGCCUUUUUGGAUUUUACUCCUUUUUUAUUAUAUAUAGAUGCAUUUGUAAACUUUGAAGACAAGGAGAGCAUUUCCUCACUCAGGUGGACCUGGAAGUUGCUGGAUUUGGUCUCUGCAUCAGAGCUGGAUCUAAGAACCCAGUGACAUCACAUCAGUAUUCCUGCCAUUUCUUUUGUUUAUCUCUCUGCUGCAGCAGUCUUUUCAUGUUUUGACCUUUCAAAAAAACAAAGCCUGAAUCAGUAUUUCUAAAAACAUGGUUGUGAUUUUAGUUUUAAAGUCUUGAUAAAAGAUUUCUUGUUUUAAUAUGAAUCGCUUUCAUUCUGUUCUCCUUAAAUGAAUAUCUCUAUUUUUAUCAGCUUUUAAUUUUCUUUGCACAAAAAUAAGAUUAAUGUUCAAAUUUUGCUGGAAAGUCAAACUUUAAAUCCUCCUUAACGACUUAAACCGACAGAUUGUGAAGCAGAAACAUAAGUUUGUUGCCAAAAAAACUCAAAGUGGAAUUCAUAUUGUUGUUUAUUUGAAGUGUUCGAAUUUUAGAUGAAGCCACUACUUGACCAGUAUUUUCUCAGACCAGUUUUAUCAGAGCUGAUAAAAGCAUUUUAUAAAGUUGAUCUGAAAAAGUGUAAAUCACUUUUACCAAAGCUGCUCAGUGUUUACGUUUGCUUUGGGACAUAUCUAAUUUUCUAAAGACCUUAAAGCCAAACCCAUACUUACUUAAAACGAAUUACCUUUUGUUUACAUACAUAAAAAUAUGUUUGUUUUUGUCUUGAUUAAAAUGUUUUCUGAGCUCAAAAUGAAAAUAUGGAUGUAAUUACACCUUUUGCCCUCAGGGUGGCAGUAUAGCAUUUGUUACAAGCGUUCACAGGUACAGUUUGACUGCUCAGUCAACAGGCUGGAUGCCUGAAAUUGAAAAAAACAAAUUAACUUAGCUUCUCCUUCAGGUACUCUGCAUUCCUUUUGUAAUUAAUCAGCACUUGCAAGCUGAUCCCCCGUAAAUGGAACAGGAAUAAUCCCGUUCAUGGCUCCAGACUGAAAGGUUUUAGGUUGAGAAAUGUUUAUUUUUAAAUGACCCCUCGUUUAUAUCCCAAUGAGGUUUCCCUUUUUAUGCUGAAAUGUUUACACAGAGCCACCUGCUGGUAAAACCAUAUCCUCUCUGCUGCUUCUUCUUCAUCAUUUCAUAUUUUUCUGUGUGUUUAUAUUACAGAGGAGAAUGUCAUGUGUGUUUGUGAGGGCCGGUCUCUCUCUUGUUACCAAAACGCGCCAAUGAAAAUGUUUUGGAUACAAGGCGUUCAUCUAUGCUGAAGGUUUUGUCAUUUACUCUUGUCUUUUCAUGAAUAAGCUACUAUUGUGUCCUUCUUUCUGCUGUUUAUUGCACAAUUACACUUCACUUUUGCAUGUAUUUUAUUUUCAUUUCGAACACUUGUUUGUGAACAUUUGAAGUAUACGCCACUGUGUAUGGAAAAGCUGGUCAAACUCAAUAAAUUCUACCUGGCUGCA